UUUUGCCGGCUGGUAUGAUUAUGGUGUUCCCGCUGAGUGAUUCUAGCAUAGGAGCUCGUGGUUUUCGCCUUAUUUAGGGCUAUUUGACUAUAAUAAUGAAAAUUUAACCAGAUGACCUAAUGAACUGAGGUAUACUAACUAAGGUAAAUGUGGUGUCUAAUAAUCUUUUCACCUUUAGGUUACUUGAAGUCAGCUGAAAACCUUUUUUUUUAAAGUCAAUAUCUACCCUUUGCUUGGUGCUUAAUCAUGUCCCUUUUUUCCAGUUUGAAUUAAACGUAUCAGCUACAAUAGUUUUGAAUUGUUAACAGAAAAAAUAUUGUAACGGACUGGUUACCAAUGGAAACAGGAGACGCCUAAACAGAUUUAGCUAGCAUUAGCUUGCUGUCUAACCUCAAGUCCUACCGCUACCUGCAGAGAUUUAACAUGGCAACAAAACCAAAAGCUAAAACCCCUGCAAGUCUGUUUGGAGAGGAUGAUUUGCUUGAAAGUCUAUUUGAUGAUGAAAAACAGCCACUUCGAUCUAAAGGAAAUCGCAGCAGGCCACUAAAUCGCUCAUCUGAUGCUAAUAACAUGUUCAGUAUGCUAACGGAGGAGGUGAAGAGGGACGGUGUGGACUUUGAGGACUCAGAUGUUUCAACAGCUGAUCCCAGUGACAUGCUGAAAAACAUGGAGGACAUCGAUGAUAUGGAGGCCAGCCUUUUUGCAUCAAAAAAAAAACCCAGCACAACUCCUGCACAAACAAAGUCAUUUAAUGAGGGUACAAAGAAGGAUUCUGCUGUGUUGGAAAAUAAUGCAAAUCCAGAGGGAAAAGCUAAACCAACUGGAGGAGGGCAGAAGUCAAACUCGCAUAACCACAAGAAAUUUACCUUCUUUGAUGAUGGCGAUGAGAGUCAUGGUCAGACAUCAGAUAUCAAAGAUACAGAUGACCCCCUGAAUGAUCUGCUUGAUGACUUGCUUCCAGAUGAAACCAAGCAUGAACCUAAUCCUAGACAGACCAAACCUGAAAAAUCUGUACCAUCCACUUCAGCAUCAGGAUCUCCCAUCCUGAAGAAUGAAACAAAACAGCCAUCAAAGAAAGGUUUGUUGUCCUUUAACGAUGAUGACGACGACCUAAUGGGUACUCUAGGAUUUGACAGUGAUAAAACCAAGCUAAAGAAAAACGAGGCUCCACUUUGGUCUACAAAGGAGAAGAGCGAUGCCCCUCGGAGACCUCGCACUAAAAUUGAUGAUAUUCUGGAGAGUUUCUCUUCCACACGUCCUCUAGAGCAACUAUCCGCGGGUGAGAAGAAGGAGCAGCCUCCACCUCAAGAGAAACAGGAGGACCUUACAUUCGGGUCCUAUCAGCCCACUUUGGGGUCCACUCUUGAGGGUCGCCAGUCCCGCAGACAGUCUGUCAGAUUUUCGACAGAGGAUAUUAGCGCCUCCACCCCAGAGAAGAAAUCAAAACCGACCACUCCCACCUUCAGCCGACACCGAAACUCAGCCGACUGGCUCGGCCUCAAGGCAAACGAUGAACCCGAUUAUCUAGAGGAUGGUCCCAAAGAGAUGAAACCGUCCGUAGAUUCUCCAAAGGCUCCUUCCUCCCCUGUGUUGGAGAGAAAGCCUUCGUUGACUGGAAGUCAAAUGGCAUCUGUUGCAACAAUAGCAGCAGACACACAAACUGAGACUAAACAAGCCAAACCAGAGAUUUCUAAAGGUCAGAGGAAGGAGGAGGAGGAGGAUGAAGACUGGUUAUCUGGGGCAUUGAGCAGGAAGAAGGCUCUGUCCACAUUAAAUGCAGAGUCCAAAACUUCCAAGCACACGAAGGAAGACGAUGAGUGGUUAGUUGGGGCACUGAGCAGGAAAAAGAUGUUAAAGACAGAGGCACAAACUUCUAAACACGAGGAAGAAAAAGUCGAACUUGAGUCAAUUCUUAGUAUCCAAGACGGAACAAAAACUCCCAGAAGCAAAGAAGACACGCUUCCAUCCAUUAAAGCUACUAGCCCUGCAGCUCAUUCAACCCCUGUCAGAGAGGAGAGGCCCUCACAAGAUCCACAUCAAAGCCAAAUAUUAAACACAUCAGCUGCAGUCCAACAACAGGUGGCUCACACAGCAGACAGUGUGCAGAAGCUGCUGCUACAACAGCAGAUGUUGCAGUCUCAGCUGCUGGGUCUAGGUGUUCCUGAUGCUGGGAACCAGCAGGGGCUUAAAGGUGAUGAACAACAAGCUAGAGAUUAUCAAGCUUUACAAGCCCGCAUCGUCCAGUUAGAGGGAAAGAUAAAAAUUCUACAGCUGGAGCGAGACCAAAGCCAGUUGAUGCUAGAGAAUAUCCAGCAGCGACAUAAACAGGAUAUGGAGCUCAUGGAGAACACACACAAGGCUCGUGUGAAGCUGCUGGAGGAGUCAGCAACCCAGAGGGAGACACGAGCACAGCUCGAGUGUGAAGACUUAUGGGAACGGAUGGCCACAUUAACGCGAUCGGCUGAGGAGGAACGCUCAGCGCUGCAGGCUCAGUAUCAUCGAAAACUGGCCCAGGCUCAAGAGGACAGAGACUGCGAGGUGGAGAGACUUCGAGAUCUCCAGAGAAAAUCUAUCUUGGAGAUGAAGAAAGAUCACGAAGACCAGCUGCAGAGACUGAAGAGACUAAAGGAUGAAGAGAUUGAUGCUGUUACAAGUGCAACAUCUCAGACCAGGUCUCUAGCAGGGGUGAUCGAGCAGAUGGAGCAGUUCUCUUCUCGGCUCGGAGAGCUGUCCUCUCGGGUGGAGAGCACACACGAGCACACCACUCUCGGCCUGGAGCAAGGAGCACGGCACAGAGAUGAGCAACUUCGAACAAUGCAGGACCGUCUGGCUCAGCAGCAGAAAGCCACAGCAGAGGAGAGAGCUUACCUUAAAGAAAUUAUUUCCAGGAUGGACACUCAGCUCAGCGAGCAGCAGAGGCAGAUUGAGAAGGAGCGCUGGAAAGUGACAUCAGAGCAGGCCAAAGCAGAGUCUAUCCAAAGAACCCUUGAGGAGGAGCGGCGUGUCCUCACCAUGCAGAUCAGCAUGGAGAGAGAGGAGCUGGAGAGAGCUAAGAGCACGUUGUUGGAGGAGCAGAAGUCAGUGAUGCAGCACUGUGCAGAUGAGAGGAAGAAGCUGGCGGCUGAGUGGGCCCAUUUCCAUGCUCAGGAGAAACAGAGGCAUGAGAGAGCUGAGCGGGAUGUUAACAGCCUCUUGGAGAAAAGAGAAGGCUCCAUCAUCACUCUGGCACAGGAGCAAGCCGACCUGAAGCUUCGUAUGGCAGAGCUGAAACAGAAGGAGAUGACUGUGGCCCAGGAGCGAGAGACUCUGGAGAGGCUAAGAGAGGAGCUGGACGGAGAGAAGGAGAGAGUAAGCAGCACAGCAAUGAGACUGAAAACACGGGCCCAGGAAGUUGAGGCCUUCAGCAAGCUCGCCGCAGAGAAGUAUGAGGAGGGAGAACGAGCGUUGCAGGAGGCUCAGCGUUUGGAGGCGGAGCAUGAAGUGCGACUGAAAAAUAUUCAUACUCAAACAGAGAAUCUGAGGUUGCAGGAACAACGUAUCCUGAAGGAGCGCAUGCAGUUAAAUCAUCUGCAAAAGGACACAGAAAAGCUGAGACAAAACUCUUCUAUCUCACCUCUACCACAAAUUAUUCCACCUGUUUUACCAGACUCAGUUUCAGCGUUACCUGUCCCUGAGCUGACAACCAUCAGUGUCCCUCCCCUUAAUUCUGUUGCCAACUCUCAGUCCAUGGUGCUUGAGGCAAGCUUGGCUCUGUGGAAGUACACAGCAGAAAAGGAUCGUGACUUCCUCGAAGAGGAGCAAAUCUUUUUAGAAAAUUUGAAGAAGAAGUCUUACAGAUUCAACACAGACUGAACACCACCUCAGACUCAGCUUUUUUUUUUUUUUUUUAAAUCAUUGUACAACAUACAGACUUACAACAACCUCUUAGAACAUCAGAAAUGCAGAAUACUU